AAUUAGGUGUCUUCUGACUUUAACAAAAUCGGCAAAUUUAUUUAAAUUGAAUCUUCGUAACUAGACGUGUAAACACCUCCUAGUCGCGAAUGUACAGCCUGAAGAAAGGUGAAAGAAAAGCUCGUAAAUUCGUCCGAAUCGGUGCAUUCAUAGUCUGUCUGUCGCCUUAGAACUGUGUUUACUACAUAGUGUGUCAGUGGGUCAUCUUCUUCAGAUGUAGAUGCUGAAGAUCCCACUUGUUCAGUCCACCGUUGCCGGUGUAUGUGAAUAAUCCUAAUUAUCGAGGAAGUAGUUGAUGGUGGCCAUUAAAAACCGGUACUAUUUCCUAGUUAAAGUGAAAAUCCUCCUGAGUGUCAGGGAGUACGUUUUAGUUCAGCAGCUGAAUCAAAGCUCCACAAGGAACCGGCUAACCUGGCGGAACCAACAUGACAAGGUCGCGGAUGCUGAACAUACUUGGCACAUUGGCAGUGUUUUUAUUAGGGAGAAUAAACUGCGAUGCUCCUCUCACGGACUCAGCAUCCCUACCGCUGGAACACAGAUCCGUUUACGGGCCACCCUUAUCCGGGCCUGGAUACGCACCUCAAUCGCUGGCAGCGCUGGGAGGAGGAGGCGGAGGAGGUGGAGGAGGAGGAGGUGGAGGAGAUGAUCCAUGGCCGUUGGCUACUCCAGACAUGCCCCAAAUCAAGCACCUGCAAGUUCAGUGCGAGAAAACUCAUAUGCGCGUCAACAUCGAAUUCGAUCGCCCAUUCUACGGGAUGAUAUUUUCGAAAGGGUUCUACAGCGACCCGCACUGUGUGCAUCUGAAGCCCGGCACUGGACAUCUGAGUGCCACCUUCGAAAUUUUCCUGAAUAGCUGCGGUAUGUCUUCGUCGGCUAACCACAACGCGGCUAGCUACGGUGGACCUACUCCAAGUGGUAGCUAUGUGGAGAACACCAUUAUAAUCCAGUACGAUCCGUAUGUUCAAGAAGUGUGGGAUCAGGCGAGGAAGCUGAGGUGUACGUGGUAUGAUUUCUAUGAGAAGGCGGUGACAUUCAGGCCCUUCCAAGUGGACAUGUUGCAUGCAGUUACAGCUAAUUUCCUUGGGGAUAAUUUGCAAUGCUGGAUGCAAAUUCAAGUAGGGAAAGGUCCAUGGGCUUCUGAGGUUUCGGGCAUAGUGAAAAUCGGGCAAACCAUGACAAUGGUACUGGCCAUUAAGGAUGAUGAAAAUAAGUUUGAUAUGCUUGUCCGGAACUGUGUGGCGCACGAUGGCAAACGCGCUCCAAUUCAACUGGUUGAUCAAUACGGAUGCGUCGUCCGGCCGAAAAUUAUGAGCAAGUUCCAGAAGAUAAAGAACUUUGGGCCGUCGGCGUCAGUUGUAUCAUUCGCCUACUUCCAAGCGUUCAAAUUCCCCGAUUCCAUGAAUGUGCACUUCCAGUGUGUUAUCCAAGUGUGCAGAUAUAACUGUCCGGAGCCGAAAUGCGGAGGUCAUGGACUGGGCUUGGAAUAUGGCGCACCAGCUUUAGGAAAUGGGUUGGGUGGAGGCGAUUAUGGACAUGCGAAUAUUGGGGCUGAAUACGGUCCACCUCCAGGCAACGAAUAUGGGCUGCCGCCCGCAUUCCCAGAUCCUCGACAUCCAUCAGGACCAACUGGUGCUUACUCUGAGCAGAACGCUGAUGUGGUUCCUGCGCCUCAAGCUCAAACUUCUUCGUCUUCGACCUCAAACCCACCCAACCUUUCAUCGCCAGCCCCACAAGUGAAUGGCCAGGGCAGCAAUGAGAUUCAUUUACCACCUCCUCCACCUCCAGGGCAUCAUGGCUUAUACAACACAGUUAAGAGGAAGAGCAGCAACGUGAAUGACGAGCUGGAAGGAAAUUUGGCCACCUUGGGAGGCCGGCCCAGAUCUGUAGAGAACUUGCCUGCUGAACUUCAAGGCGCGAGGCGAAGAAGAAGUCCCGAAGUAAUGAACUUUGUAGUUAGUCACGUAUACAAACGGGAAGCUCAAGAGAUGACUGAUGUUAACACGAGUAGAAUCAUACAAGUGGUAGCCCCGGGAGAUGUAAACUUUGCGCUAAACGCAGCUCAAAACAACGAAACUGUUGUAAUACAAUCUGCCUCCUCACAAGACCCUGAAACAAUCUGCAUGUCUGUUCCGAGUUUCGUCGCUGGAUUAGUGAUGCUCCUCUUGGUUCUUAUCGUAGCUAGUUUAGUUGCUGCUUUCUUGUUUGUACGGGUACGCGCUAUUGACCGAAAGGGACUAGCUACGAAUUUCAUCAAUCCCCAUGGAUACGACAAUUCCGAAUUUGUGAAAGUGGCUAAUUAAGGCUGUGAAAAUUGCUUAGAAACUAUUUUUGAAGGUUCCAAAGAAUUUCAGGUAAAACAAGUGAUUAUGUGAGCAUUUUGUCCUCCUAACCGGCCAUUCUGAUCUAGGGUUUGUGUCGGUCUGAAUCUUUCAAAGGCCAUCUAAGAUUUGUGCUCGCAAUCAGCAAACGCAAUGCUGUUGCCAGCAUGACUCCCACUUUUAUUUAUUCUAAUUUAUUGUUAUUUAAGAUGUAACGUCCAAAGUCACUCACACUGUCACAUGUAAUACUUGUUCGUAACGUUUGCGGCUGAUUUAUUUAAAUUAAACAACUUAAAUUCAUUGAUCAAAUAUCUACUAAAUUGGCUUAUAGUAACCUGUUGAUAAUCACUUUUAUGUACUGUUCAAUUUGCUUGGAUUAUCAGCACUGUUGCAGGUUGCCAUCAAUGUUUCAAGCCCAGUAUCACUAAACACUCGAGCGAUCCUAGUCUUGUAGUUAGCUAGUAAAUUGUUAUAUCUUGUAUAUAAUGCGAGUAGGUGCUUUUAAUGCUACUACUCAAGACCUAAGCGAAAUGUUUUGUUUGGUUGGAAUUUUUUUAAGCUACCUACCAAUAUCCGUGCAAUUAACAUAGCACUAGACUGUUCAGUUUCCUUUUGUAUAAUUUUGCAUUUUUCCAAUGAUGCAUGUAAAAUUGGUUGUAACUGUUGUAACAAAUUUUACCCUUUUUAAUGAUGCGUGUUCUCUAAAUAUACGACGAUAUUUAUUAUGAAA